AUGCGGCUAGCUUACCAAGAGGCGGUGGGGAAAUCGGAGUUGCCAAGUUGGCGCUGCUUCGAAGUGGAUGAGACUUGCUGCAAGGCGUAUUGUGAGCUCUACGGCUCCAAAUAUGUGACAGGGGUGCAAAGAGGCGAGUUGUGGCGCUCGAGCGCCAGAGCUCGCGACGAGCUGUGGCGCUGCUCCAUCGACAGACUGCCGGACGCGGCCUUCGAAGGGGGCGAUCUGUGGCUGAUGAGCCCGCCGUGUCAGCCCUUCACCCGCAGCGGCAAGAGGCGAGAUCUUGCGGAUCCGCGGUGCCGGGCGCUGAUUCGCUUGCUCGAAGCACUGCCGGCGCUUGCUGAGCCUCCGAAAGCCCUGCUCUUGGAGAACGUCCCGGAAUUCCAACACUCCCGGGCAUAUGACCGCCUGAUCUCGAGCCUGAGGAAGCUUGGAUACGCCACCGAGGAUCACAUGUUGAGCCCCGUGGACUUUGGAUUUCCAAACACUAGGACCCGGUUCUAUGUGAUCGCCGUGGCUGGCAACGAGGCAGCGGAGCUCCCCGAGCUCCAGUCGGACGCUGCACUGCGCCCUGUGGGCAGCUUUUUGUGCGCGGAGGUGGAAGAGGAAGCACUGCAGGUACCAAAGCAGCUCCUCGAGCAAGCCUACGCCAAAAACUACACCCUGGACCUCGCGGACAACACGUCUCUGGCGACAAAGACCUUUACCGCCGCCUAUGGGAAGCCAGACUACGGUGGGACCGGACUAAGCGUGACGGGGCCCUUGCUGAUGCAGGCUUCGGCGGCUCAACCCCGGUUUCAGCAUUUGGAGCCGUCUCAGUGGCAGCAGGUCCGCUACUUCUCACCCAAAGAGGUGGCCGGUCUCAUGGGUUUCCCCGCGGGCUGGCAGCUUCCUGGCGAGCUUCCGCUGCGCACGCAGUGGCGGCUGCUGGGGAACUCCAUCAACGUGACCGUGGUGUCGCACCUAGUGAGCCGUUUGCUGCAGUGGCAGGCGAUUGGCUCAAAGGAAGCGGUCGACAAAAGCAGACCGCUCCGUUGA